CGCAGAAACCCACCCGAACCUGCUGUUGCCCAAACUCUACUCAGCUGCGACCUGUGUGGUCUUGGAACCACAGUCGCCAGCCCAGUCUACCAACACAUCCCAAACACUUUCUCGAUCUUACACAAGAAUUGCACCCCCUCCCCAUCUCAUCACCCCUGGCAGCCCGUCAGGUCCGUAGAGUCGCGUUUCAUUCUACCUUCUCAUUACUGUCACUUUCACCUUUUCCCAGCAUCCUUCCUCUGCCAUCAUUCGGAAACCCGCAGUCAGACUGACUGCCUGCUCGGUUGCCCAGAAACUCUCUUGAUCGGCGUCGGCGCCCUUGCUGCGCGCUUGGCCAGCCAUUCGCUUCAGCUGAUCGUCCUCACAAUCCAACCUUUGAGAACAUUAAGAAAAGAAGGCAUUUCCUCUCCAGAUAUUUCUACUCAUCACUCUGCUCCGUCUUUGUCAGGGUCACCUCUCCAUUGCCUGCUGCGGCUGGCCAAACAACGCGUCAAGACGACCGACUGCGUCGAUUGAAGGAGAGUCGCGCACUGUGCGAUAUUGUGUGAUAUCAACUGCAAUCAUUCACCAACAACUAAAAAGCACCUCAGGCAUCAUAGGCAACCGGUCUCCCUCCUCCCAAACCGUGUGGCGAAGAGCGCACCUGCGCCUGUAGCCGCAUUAUGGCAACGGGAGGCGCAGGCACUCCGAGCCCUCCACGACCCUUUGCCCAAAAGCCACCCCGUGGUGGUGGUGGUGCUCCGGCGCCUGCACCUGCACCGUUGACCACCGCAUCUCCUCCCUCAAAACGAGAACUAGCAUCAUGGUGGAAAAAGUUCAGGAAGACGACAGAGAAGGCGGAUGAGAAGGUUGAAGCUCCCACUGGCAUCUUCGGCGUUCCUCUGGCCGAGAGCAUCAGAUACGCAAAUGUCGCCAUCUCCUUGCAAAACGAAUACGGUGAGAGUUUUAUCUAUGGCUACGUUCCGAUCGUGGUUGCGAAAUGUGGAGUUUUUCUCAAAGAGAAAGCCACCGAUGUUGAGGGCAUCUUCCGACUGAGCGGGUCCGCGAAACGAAUUAAAGAUUUGCAGACCAUUUUCAACUCGCCUGACAGGUACGGAAAGGGGCUAGAUUGGACUGGCUAUACUGUUCACGACGCGGCCAACAUCCUUCGCCGCUACCUCAAUCAGCUCCCGGAGCCCAUUGUUCCUCUCGAUUUCUACGAACGAUUCCGCGAACCACUUCGCCAAAUCCAGGUCCCCACAGGACCCGACGGGGAAAUGCAGUCUCGCGAUAUGAGCGUCAAUGAACACAGUGCCGCCGUCACUGCGUACCAAAAGCUCAUCACGGAGCUACCGCCUUUGAACCGCCAGUUGCUCCUCUACAUACUCGACCUGCUGGCGGUUUUUGCGUCCAAGUCGGACCUCAACCGCAUGACUGCUGCCAAUCUCGCCGCUAUCUUUCAGCCGGGCAUAAUCUCUCAUCCUUCGCACGACAUGUCGCCGGGAGAAUACCGACUCAGUCAAGAGGUCCUGAUCUUCCUCAUUGAAAAUCAGGAUAAUUUCCUCAUCGGAAUGUCAGGCACCGCCGUCGACGAGAAGACUCAGAAGGAUGUUGAGAGCGGUGCACCAUCUCUACGAUCUCCCAAGGCUGUAGGGCGGUCUGCAUCCAAUGCCAGUGCUGGGGCAGAGAGUCUCCGAAAAUAUGGUGUCCGGCGUAAUGUUUCCGUCUCAUCACGAGGUUCCAGGGAGCGAGGAAGUCCUGGAGUUUCGAGCCCAGGUACUCCAUCAGGAGUCACUUCUUUCGCCGCAGGUGCGGGAAUAGCACGGAGCAAUACUGUCCCGUCGAAGCGAUCUCCAGCUAUCACCUCGAAUCGCUUUCAGAGGUCUAACGACAACACAGAUUCGACAAUUCAAUCAGUGGGACCGCAUGCCGCGCAUCCCGUCGUUUCAGCCUUGAACCAGGAAACUACAGCUGAGUCGAAGUCCUCCAGAUCUGGGUCUAUCCAACCAGACGAUGCUGACGGCAGAGGAACGUUGGUUCCUGCACAAGCCGCCCAGGCACCCGGUCAGUCUCCGCAACAACUAACCCAACCUCCAUCAGCAGCACAGAGCGUUCCAACCCAAGACCAGACCGGCCAGGUCCCGGUCACGGCGGCGGCUGCGGCUGUGGCUGCGGCUCCACCGCCCACCACCACCCGAGAACGAAAGAUAUCUAAUCUCUUCCCCAAGUCACCGAUAUUUGGCCCAUCAGAUCCCAACGGGAGGCAACCGAGAAAGUUACAAAAGAAGCCAAAGCUGCCCGGGAGUACCAACGACAGUGCACAGAGCUCGCUGAACUCACUCCAUGGUGACGAGGCCGGCACCUUCCACACGCCUCUUGUCUCCCCGGAUAUCAAUAGCGCUGGGCGACACGAUCCAUUGACUGCUGCUCACGGUCCCGCUCUCACGAACACUGCCGCAACACCUGUCAACGAAACACCAAGCUCGAAGCAAUUCUCGACGCCACCGACUGGAAACAACGCGCAGAACCAUACGGCCGGGCUAAAACCGCGUUCGUCGCCACCAGGGUCGACACACUCCCGCUCUUCUUUUACGGAUCCGUCGGACCCCGACGUUGUCGACGACGGGCUGCCACAACCCGAGAAGGAAAAGCGUCGUCAUCGAUGGCGAUUCUCCUCUGCGGCAAAGAAAGGGGAACAGUCGCCGCUUGCACCACCGCCACCCGUUGGCCAGAAUGCCGGGGCAAGGGGAAGCAACAGUUCAAUCGGAAGUUCUAAUCGGCCCAGGAAGAGCUUUACCGGGGAUUCUCAACUGACGCAAUCUUCGUAUAUCGAUCCGAGCGGGAGUGGACAGCAGCCCCUCGUUGGUCCCUCAAGCCACGAAUCAAAUGAUGUGCAGAAGGAUCCCAAUGCAGAGACAGAGAAGAAGGGCUUGUUUGGUAAAUGGAAAGCCAAGAUGUCCCAGAACCGAGACGAAAGGCUGGCCGAGAAGGACCGGGCCAAGAGUCCUCCUCGAAAUGAGCAAGGUUCCUCUCGGAGCAGCCUGGCGGCUUUCGCCCAGGAGCACUUGGCACCUCGAGGAAGAUCAUUUGACCGGCCCCGUGAUGAGGCUCUGUCGAGUGUGGCCGCAAGACCUGUUGCCGAGGGGCAAGCUCAAGGAAGGAAAGUCUCAAUGGAUCCAGGACGGGCAGAAAGGCUCCCGGGUGCAUAACGGGUUUGAGUGGGCUAUCACGCAACUAUUGUUUUGGAAUAGAUAUGGAUGGUCUGUCAUGGUAUGGUGUGGAGCCGGGCCAGCACAGGUUUGAUUGUUUCAAGAGUACUUCACUUGGAUACCUGGGCUGCGACAAAGGCAAAGUUACCACAUUACCUUGGAUAAGACGGCACAAGCGAAAACAGCGCGAAGGCGGAGGAGAAAAAGCAGGGUUAUGAUUAGGGACAGGGAUGGGGUGUACAUUGGAUAAUAAAAUGGAUCGGAAAUAUCAUGAUACGGCGCUAUUGGCCAUACCGGAGGCGUCGACGUCGUCGUCAUUGACCUGCUCCCACUCUUUUGCCGACAUGUUCAUCGACAAACAACGACUACGCCAGUGGUGGCUUGAAUGCAACAGUGCACUGUUACCGUUCGUGCGUGAACUUUCAGCGGUUGACGACUUUCGCUCCAAUGCUUUCAAUCUAGACACUCCUUUGCCUGAUUCUGCCAAAAAGGGAGAAGGCAACGACGGUCG